CAGGGAGACGCACCUCGAGAUUCCUCACCACUUCGACCGCUUUGAUCCAUCCUCAAAGGGCCCGCGUAGCAUAUGCAUUACUGAAUUAUCGAGAAUGCGCGUUCUGUUAAGGCGUCGAGUUAAGCCCGCAUCGCGCACGAAACAGACGCACCACAAGGUCCGGCCAGGGUUUAGCUAGGCGCACCAUAACCGCAAUACGCUAUCCGAGACCUAAGAGAGUGCGCACAGAUGCCAGAAAACAAGCGGAUACAAGCAGAGAAGUAUCUAGGACAGCGACGAGCCAUAAUCUAAGCGUGGAGGAUGGAGGUCGUGAAGUUCGUCUGGCAGAAAAACGGGCGUUGGACGCCCGCCCGAGAUGGCAUCAAUAUCCGCCCGCCGCAAGCCCUGACCAGAACGACGGCGGCGAUCUUCGUCUCAGCCUCCAAGCCGACCGUGCUGUUCUGCCAUGGCUUCCCAUCCACGUCUCACGACUGGCGACACAUCGUGCCUCGUCUGAAGGACAAAGGAUACGGCGUGCUCGUCUUGGACAUGCUCGGGUAUGGCGGGACCGACAAGCCCACCGACCCGGCGGCGUAUGUUCCAAGCUUGAUAUCGAAAGACAUUGCCGAUAUAUUGGACGCCGAGAAGCUCGAGAAGGUUAUUGCUAUCGGUCAUGACUGGGGCUGCAAGGCGAUCUCGCGCCUCACGAACUACUAUCCCGAGCGAGUCCUCGCCUACGUCUUCCUCGGAUUCUCUCCUUCGUGCAAGUGCUGCCCCCGAUGGACUUCGAAUGAACCAGACGCGAACGAGGUCAUCCAGGCGCAUAUCGACUCGUUCGUCAGCGUCAUGUUUCCGCAUCACCCUGAUAUAUGGAAGGAGCGCUUGGCGCCGACGGGCGCGCUCAAGCAGAGCCUGUUUGAAGACUUCGCUGCGCCUCGACCGCUUUACUUGUCCGAGGAAGACGCGAAGCACUUUGUGGAGACCUUCAGGCGCGGCGGCUUCGCGGCGCCAACAUGCUGGUUCAAGAUUGCGACGAGCAAGCUAUCUGCCGAGGACGACCUGCAGAUCCCUUCCGAGCGCAAGCUCCCGCCUGUCAGGGCGCCGAUUUAUUAUGCCGCGGCGAAGGACGACUACGUCUACCCUCCCAAGACAGGCUUUGCGUCGUUUACGCAGGAGGUGUUCCGCGGUCACAGUGUGACAAUGAAAGAAUACCACGCGGACCACUGGCUAAUUCUCUCCCACGGAGAAGAGAUUGCGCGCGAUCUCGAGGAGUGGAUAGAGGGCACCGUCGCCGCAAAAGUCGGCCUUUAAGCUAGUGGCUUCCGUACGUACAAGAGACCCGGUGGCUAAUGCCCUCUUUAUAGAUAUCGCGUUUUGUCUUAGUUCCUUGCCAAGUAUACAGCGACUCGAGUCUCUUUUGCACGUGAAUAAUGAGAAAUCCAGCACUCCCAUUGUAACUUAGAUCACGUUAGGGUUACUUACCAGCG